AUGGACGCCAAAGUACAUGGAGGGGGCGAUUGGCUGGGCUAUAAACUGUAUCAGCUCAAGGAACAGGAACAUGCUGGACCAGUCUUGACAGCAUUGAUAGUGGUGCUGCUCACCUACAUGCUCUACACACUUCUGUAUGCUACCGACAUUCCUCACAUCAAGGGCAUGCCAGAAAUCCCUGGCGCUGUUCCAUUAUUUGGACAUCUUCUCAAGCUCGGCGAGGAUCAUGCUACAGUUUUAGAAAAGUGGUGGCGCCAGCACAACCAAUCUGUCUUCCAGAUCAAGCUGGGUAACACGAGGGCCGUCGUUGUUAACUCAUUUGAUGACUGCAAGAAGAUGCUCCUCGGUAAUCAGAAUGCAGUCAUUGAUCGCCCCAUGCUCUACACCUUCCAUAGCGUAAUCAGCAGCACACAGGGCUUUACUAUUGGAUCUUCGCCAUGGGAUGAGUCUUGUAAGAAGAAGCGCAAGGCUGCUGGAACCGCUUUGAGUCGCCCCGCCUUGAGAAACUAUUACCCGAUGUUUGACCUUGAAAGUUACUGCAUCCUCCGAGACAUGAAAAAGGACAGCCGCAACGGCCAGAUCGAGAUUGACGUUCGCCCGUACAUUCAGCGAUACGCGCUCAAUACAACCCUGACACUCUGCUACGGUAUUCGCAUGGACGCUGUCUACGACGAGCUACUCCGCGAGAUUCUUCAUGUCGGAUCGUCUAUUUCCCUGUUGCGCAGCGCCUCUGAGAACCUUCAGGAUUACAUCCCGGCACUUCGAUAUUUGCCCAACAAUGAGAAGAAUGCCCGCUCGAAGGAGCUUCGUCAGCGUCGUGAUGUAUAUUUGGACCUCCUCUUGAAUAAGGUUCGCGAGAUGAUCAAGAACGGUACCGACAAGCCUUGCAUAUCUGCUGCCAUCCUGAAGGAUGAGGAGACCAAGCUCUCUGGUGUCGAAGUUUCCUCAAUUUGCCUGUCCUUGGUUUCCGGUGGUUUCGAAACAAUUCCUGGAACUCUAACUUCGUGUAUUGGGUCUUUGUCCACCGAGGAAGGACAGUUAUGGCAGGAUCGGGCUUACGAGGAUAUUAAACGCCACUAUCCCAGUGAAACCGACGCCUGGACUGGGUGCUUUAAGGAGGAGACAAUCCCAUACAUCAAUGCCAUUGUCAAGGAGGCUGGCCGAUACUACACCGUCAGCUCCUUAAGUCUUCCGCGAAAGACUGUCUCCGAGGCGGGUAACCAUGAUGUCGACCAUUUCGGACCCGACGCUGGGCAGUUCAACCCCGAGCGGUGGCUGAAAACGAUCGACCCCCCAACCGAGGCCACUAGCGGUGGACUUGAUCACUUGAGCUUUGGCACUGGUUCUCGUGCUUGCUCAGGCCAGUUCAUUGCUUCUCGCCUCUUGUACUCUGCGUUGGUGAGGAUUCUGUCGUCCUACAAGAUCGUGGCGAGCAAAGAGAACCCCCCCAAUACCGACUAUGUCGAGUACAACCAGUUCAAGACGGCGCUGGUUGCCAUUCCCAGGGAGUUCAAAGUUAAGCUCAUUCCCCGUGAUACGGCCAUGACGGCCAAGUGCCUGGACCUUGCCGAGCAGAGGACCAGCGAGCACUACAAGGAGUAA